AUGCGAUUGUUAUACAACCCGAUGGGAUCUCUGAUGUCGGAGUCUGCAGUGAUAAGAGCUCGGUAUAUACCUGACGUUAAAGGAGUGAAUAGAUACAAACAUUUUCAUACGUAAGGAUAACUCGUAGUUCUUUAUGAUAGGGAAUUGCUCUCCUAAUUACCACCCUUUUCCCUUUAAACUUCAUCUUAGGAGGCUACUCACCUUGUGAUCAAGCUUAUUUGUAUUCCAUUGCAGACCUCUAGUACUCACGUCAACGAGUAAUAUCCAGAUGGGAAACAUCGACAAGGACGUCUCGCCGCGGACCUCUCCUCGCGAACGGGUGGCCAGUAGAUCGCCUCGGAACACAACAGAACUCCCCCCAUUGCAUCCCACAUCUGACAAUCUCAAUGGGGCAAACAAGAUACAAAAAAGGUAGGAUACAAAGUGCUUUCCUACAUUUGUAUGUGAUUAUUGCAGAUUGAAUGGCCGAGAGAACAAGUCAGGAAUGGUCCGUCUUCCCACGUCUGAGGCAGUCGAUGGGAAACGGGGCAAUAUGAUUGUAGAGGGGUACCGGAUCUCUAGCAUACUGCCUCAACUAGAUCCCAAAGGACUCAACGGGCAACCCAAAUCUUUUCAGAGUGAGUUCCCCCUUAGUCUCUGAAUAUGUCAAUUAACGUGCUUUUUGGGCACAAAUAAUACCUAAAAAUUGCAGACACGAAAAAUAUUCAAACUCGUAAAUCUCGUACUCCAAACUCGAAUCAUGUACCGUUGAUAGUGUUACGAACAGAAAGUGAGUUCAUUUGUAAAUAAUUUUUCAUCGUUUUCGUCCGAUAUAAUUCGGAUACCAUACAGACAUCGUUUUUCGUCUACGGCUAAGCCUCUUUAAUAAUAAUUUUAAUUUCCGUUUCUCCGGCCUCUUUCUCCAAAAAAUCAGUAGUCAUUCCGCGCCUUCUUGAUUUUUAGUCAGUUUAUUAGUAUUCACACAACAAUCGACCACAUUCAUAAUCGUCACAGCACAGAAAUUUCAAAUUCAUGUCUCCUUUUUCAGCUGUAAUAUGCCCCCGGCGAUCCAAUUCAAUGCAUUCGUUUCCGCUGUCCCCCAAGAACGACCUGAACGGUCACAUUCAAACGCCCAAAAAAUCCCCCAAAUCCAAGAAAAUACUGUCUACUGUAAGUCCAUCCGGAUCGAAUUCCGUGCAUCCUUUUUGUUUCUUGAUUAUCUUCCUUGAACUUCAGAACGAGGGAUUCACGGUUACGGUGGAUUCUCCGAGCACUGUCAAUUCGGUUGAAAGUUCCAAGGACGAGAGCAAAUUCAGUGACAUCGCUACUCAGACAGACACCCUACCUAUAUUGGCACUCACAGGAAAGGUCUCCAAAUCCAACAAAGAGGUGGGUAAUCCCCAUUUUCUGGUAAAUAAAUAUAGUCUCUGUGAGGGUGGGAUAAAAAAAAUUCUGACAAUAAGCCACGGAAGUAGCAGCAGAGCUGGCAGCGACACGUUUUUACGGACUUUUGGCGGCUCGCGGUCCGGCCCAUCUAGUGUAUUUCAGGCCCGGCCCUCCCCGUGUAGGUACUGUAUAGAGGAGUUCACUGCGCCCAAGCUUGGGAACUAAAGUUAAGCAAAGAAGGCGUUGGUCUAGCGGGUAGAGGAUUACGAAGAUAUUAUUGAAGUUCCUAGCAGAUUUUAGCACCACACAGGCGGUAAGAUCAAAGAAAAUUUUCAGUUCGCCCUAACCGGGUUUUACCGGGCCGGGCCCGCAAAUUUUAAAAUGGGCCGGGCAUAAAAUUUUUAAAAAGAGCCAACCCGCGUAACAGAGAAACCGAAUAUCCGUCAUUAAAAAAUAAUGAAUGUUUGGUGAUGUGAUCUAACUCUUCCGACGCCUUUCAGAUCGAACAGCAACAAGAACUCUUGGAGAUCAUCGAGAGCGCCUUGGACGAAACCAUCGACAGGCAUUCUCGUCAACGCACCAACCGGCUCAUUGCGUCUUCAGCCAGAAAACAAGCAGUCAUCUGGAGAGAUGCCAAAGAGUUCGUGAUGACAAUAUUAAUACCAGAGAGUGUGAGUGUCGCGAACAAGACCAGAUAUGACAAAUCGUUGGUAGAUAGUAUCUCCUCCAUUCACUUACCGUGA